UUUUCAUCUGUCAAACUCAUCAAAAAUCGCAAAACUUCUUUUGGGUGUGUAUCGUUUUUUGAGUAUAUUUUUUCCAAUUCUUUAUUUUAUUAAAAAAAAGCACACACAUUUACUUCUUGACCCCAUCCGAUCCGCAAACCAAAAAAAAAAAAAAACUCAAGUUUGUUCAAAAUAUAAAAAAAAAACUUUUCAUCAUAGGCCUAUCAGAGACUGCAGUAAUGGACGUAAUGUCAUCAACACUCCAGCAACAGCGUAUGAAUGUCGAACAACUGAGACGGGAGGCCGCCAUCGAACGCCAGACCAUCUCGGAAUCGUGCGCCAAAAUGAUGAAGUACAUCACCGAGCACGAACAAGAGGAUCACCUUCUCACUGGCUUUUCCAGUCAAAAGGUAAAUCCUUUCCGUGAGAAGAGUUCUUGCAUUGUUCUCUAAAUUAUUUAUGAGGAGACUGGAAAGAUGGCCGCUUUUACACCUGGCUAUGACUAUGAUUCAUCCGUAUUCUCACUCAUUUCAUAUAAAAUUGAAAAAAAUUUCUAAAUAUAAAUGUCGUAAUUUCAAUGACCUGCUAAACUACAAAACUACUGGAACUUAUUCUUAACAUGGCUGAUUCAAUGAGUCUUGCCUAGUAUUUGUAUCAAUUGCUACUAUUAUGGAAAAUAUAUAUAUUUCGUUUUCAUUGUGAGUAAUUUAA